AUGGCCACCAAAACCGCCGUCCUCACUGAUAAAGCCCCCAAGCCCCUUCCGGGGAUUUACUCGCAGGCUAUCAUCGCCAAUGGCGUGGUUUACUGCUCCGGCGCCGUCGCAAUUGACCCAGUAACGGGGAAGUUGAUUGAAGGCGACGUGAAGGCACGCACACACCAAUGCAUCAAAAACCUCACUGCGGUGCUCGAAGGCGCUGGCACGAACAUCGACAAGGUCGUCAAGGUGAAUGUCUUCCUGGACGAUAUGAAGAAUUUCGAGGCGAUGAAUUCGGUAUAUACCACUUAUUGGGGUGAUGUCAAGCCCUGUCGGACAUGUGUCGCUGUUAAGCAACUCCCUCUCGGUACGGAUGUUGAGAUUGAAUGCAUUGCUGUACUGUAG